AUGAUUGACUGUGGCUUCAUCGACAUGGGUUUCUUGGGUAGUAGGUAUACUUGGUCCAACAAGUUUACCAAGGAAAGGCUGGAUAGAAGCUUUCAGUCAGUUUCCUUUCGAACCAUGUUUCCUAAUAGCAAAACGGUGGUGUUGCCACCCAAUGAAUCAAACCAUUGUCCCAUUGUAGUGGAACUGAGAACUGAUAGAAAUAGGUUUAAAACACCUUGGCGCAGAUUCAGAUUUGAGGAGAUAUGGCACGAAAAUGAACAAUGUUCUGACAUUAUUCUAAAGAAUUGGGCAAUCCCUAUGGUAGGCAACAUGCUACAGCAGGUUGGUCGAAAGAUUUUGACCACUGGAAAACAACUUAUGAAGUGGCACACCACUGAGUUUGAGAGGCAGAAAGUGGAAUUGAGGGAGAUUCAGGAGAAAUUGGCGGAUAUAAUGCGGCAACCUUUUGCUCCAGAAUAG